UAGUCUUGUCUCGCCCUCCUGCCAGCUGCUCUAAGUUGGUCCCUCAGCUCUGCAUCCACUAAUUGGUCUCAUUAGGCAGCGGGUUGGAGCCCUCCAGCUGCGCAGAUCCGCCCGGUGUCAUCCGCUUAGUGCCCUCGCACCCCCGCUCACCCUCCCCGCUCCCCUCCCGCUGCCGCCACCACCAACACCCACAUUGUCAUCUCCGCUCUCCUCUGGUGCUCAGAGCAUGCUCCGAGGUCCCGUACCCGGCCUCGGCGAUAGCCAGGCUCCGGAUCCAGCCGCGGAGACAUGAGGUGCGGACCUUGGGCGGCCCUGGCCGUGGGGCUGCUGCACUUCUGCCUAGCCCAGGCCAACUUCGCCCCUCAUUUCUUCGACAAUGGAGCAGGCAGCACCAAUGGAAACAUGGCCCUAUUCAGCCUCCCGGAAGACACCCCUGUAGGUUCUCAUGUGUACACCCUGAAUGGGACUGACCCUGAGGGAGACCCCAUCUCCUACCACAUCAGCUUUGACCCCAACACUAGAAGCGUCUUUUCCGUUGAUCCCAAUUUUGGAAACAUCACCCUGGUUGAAGAGCUGGACAGAGAGAGAGAGGAUGAGAUUGAAGCCAUCAUCAGCAUUUCGGAUGGCCUGAACUUGGUGGCAGAAAAAGUCGUGAUACUGGUGACUGAUGCCAACGACGAGGCACCCAGGUUCAUCCAGGAGCCUUACAUUGUCCUGGUUCCUGAGGAUGGUGGAGGCAGGCUUCGAGGGGCUGAUGUGGUGUUCUCAGUCACCACCACCGUCACCAUCAAUGUGGAGGAUGUUCAGGACAUGGCCCCUGUCUUUGUGGGCACACCCUACUACGGCUACGUAUACGAGGACACUAUUCCGGGCUCAGAGGUGCUGAAGGUGGUUGCCAUAGAUGGAGACAGAGGCAAGCCCAACCACAUCCUCUAUAGGCUCAUGAACGGGAGUGACGGAGCCUUUGAAAUUAAUGAGACAUCUGGAGGCAUUUCCGUGCUUCAGAGCCCUGCCCAGCUCGGGAGAGAGGUGUACGAGCUUCAUAUACAGGUGACAGAGAUCAGCUCUGCAGGGAGCCCAGUUGCUCAAGCCAUGAUCCCAGUCACCAUCAGGAUUGUGGAUCUCAACAACCAUCCCCCAACAUUCUACGGAGAGAGUGGGCCCCAGAACAGGUUUGAACUGUCCAUGUAUGAACACCCGCCUCAAGGGGAGAUCCUGCGGGGCCUCAAGAUCACCGUCAAUGAUUCUGACCAGGGAGCCAAUGCCAAAUUCAACUUGCGGCUGGUGGGACCUGGGGGCGUCUUCCGAGUGGUGCCACAGACAGUCCUGAAUGAAGCCCAAGUCACCAUCAUUGUGGAGAACUCAGCCGCCAUUGACUUUGAAAAGUCUAAAGUGCUAGCCUUCAAGCUCCUGGCCAUUGAAGUGAAUACCCCAGAGAAAUUCAGUUCCACAGCAGACAUAGUGAUCCAGCUCCUGGACACCAAUGACAAUGUCCCCAAGUUUACUUCCCACUACUAUAUCGCCAGGAUCCCUGAGAAUACACUAGGGGGCUCCAACGUGGUGGCUGUCACAGCUGUGGAUCCAGAUACAGGACCCUGGGGCAAAGUCAAGUACUCCAUCUAUGGAACUGGGUCAGACCUAUUCCUGAUCCACCCAUCCACUGGGCUUAUCUACACCCAGCCCUGGGCAAGCCUGGAUGCAGAGGGCACUUCGAGGUACAACUUUUACGUGAAGGCAGAGGACAUGGAGGGCAGGUACAGCCUGGCUGAGGUGUUUGUCACCCUGUUGGAUGUCAAUGACCACUACCCCCAGUUUGGACAGAGCAUCCAAGAGAAGACUAUGGUUUUGGGGACCCCAGUGAAAAUUGAGGCCACAGACCAGGAUGCAGAGGAGCCCAACAACCUGGUAGACUACUCCAUCACCCAUGCAGAGCCAGCCAACGUGUUUGACAUCGAUGCACAUACAGGGGAGAUCAGACUCAAGAACUCCAUCCACUCCCUGGAUGCCCUACAAAACAUCACGCCCAAUGGAGACUAUACAUGGUCCCUACAAGUGCAGGCCAAGGACCGAGGCUCCCCGUCCUUCAGCACCACAGCCGUACUCAAGAUUGACAUCACAGAUACAGAGACGCUGUCUCGAGGCUCCAUGGCUGCCUUCCUGAUACAGACCAAGGACAACCCCAUGAAGGCUGUGGGUGUGCUGGCUGGAGUCAUGGCCAUCGUUGUGGCCAUAACGGUCCUCAUCUCCACUGCCACCUUCUGGCGUAACAAGAAAUCCAACAAGGUCCAGCCUGUAAGGCGCGUGCUCCGUAGGAGGCCCAGCCCCGCACCACGCACAGUUCGUAUUGAGUGGCUCAAGUUCAGGAGGGCCAAGACGGCUACCAAGUUCAUGCUCAAAGAGGAUCCUCCCAAUGAGAACUGCAAUAACAGCAGUGCAGGAAUCACGAUGCCCCCUAGAGCCCCAGCUCCCCCGCCACCUCCCAGAAUGGCACCCAGAAUGGCAACACAAUGGAAGGUGCCUACUGUCUCUGGAUCUCUCACCCCCCAGCAACCCCAACAGUCAUCCAAGCCCAAGACCUUGGGAAGCCCCAUCCAGUCCUCUCUGGUCUCUGAGCUCAGGCAAAAGUUUGAGAAGAAGAGUGUAGACAACAAGGCUUACUUCUAGAGUGCAUCCCAUGAUCCUUCUCUUCCCUUCCCCCCAACACUGGCCACCCUACUACUUCCUAUCCUGUGCCCUACAAGGUCACCCCUGAUUUGUACAGUGAUGUAACUCUUCCACAUAGGGGGGUCUUCACAGGGCCUUGGACAAGAGACUUCUCAGACUAUGGGAUACAGUCGGCAAACACGUACCCAUUACCCAAACCCUGGGCACAGCCACAAUGCUUGCCAUUCUUCAGAGGCUGGGGCUGACAGGAAGCCAAGUCUGUGUAUUUCUAGUCCCCAACCCUAAACCCUACAGUCACUGGAGUCCUACUGGGGUCUUGUCAUCUCUCUGUCAAGGAGUAGGGCCCUGGUCACAGGUAACAAGACUGGCAAGAAUCUGGAUCCUGAAGCUUCAGAUCACCGCAAGUUAAUGGAGGUUUAGCCCAAGCUAAAGCUGAAAGUCAGUGAGCUUUGUAGGCCAUAGAGAAGAAAAUGCAGGCAAGGAAGGGGCAAAGAUGCUCUGACAACUCAUGCUAAUUAUAGGGUGAUAUCUGAAGCCAUUGGGACAAUGGACCUUGGCAUCUAGGUAAGAUUGUGCCCCUGACAUGCUGAUCUAAGAUGGGCUUUGACAAGAGUGAAGGCAGUUAUCUCAAGUCUACCUUGAAGGGACAGGGCCAGGUAGAAGAUGGAUCACAGGUCUGAGCUCCCAGGAGAUUUACCUUUUCAUUCAACCCUUCUCACAUCAUGUAACCUUAGAGAUGCUGUUUAACCUCUCAAUCUUCUUCUUUCUCUGUAAAAUGAAGAAGGGAAAUGCCAAGAAAACAGUGGUGCAGAGGGCCUUAGCCAAGUGCACAAUAGCAUGAAUACAAAGUAUUUUUUUGUAUGCCAGCUCUCUGGGUACAUUUCAUCCAGAAAGUAUUAGCACCUACAGCUACUCUGCCAAAUGCCCCCAGGAAGCACUAGGCUGAGGUUGGAGGCCACUCAGAGCUGGGCAGUAAGACCUAGUCCAAGUCUGUUUGGCUAAGACAGAGAAAUGAGUCCCUAAGAGAAGAGUGAUUUGCCCCAUGCCACACAAUGAGUUUAUAGCACAGAUCUUGUCUGAGGGCUCCUGGUCCACAGCAUUUCCUCUAUCUAGGACACACCUUGACAGUGUGCAACAGUCUCUCCCAGAGGAGAAAUUCGGAAAGCUGCCAUGACUAAUACAUGGAGGUUUUGCUCUGUUUCAAGGAACUUUCUUCAAGGAAAUCUUGACAUAUACACUCUUUAAUAAGCCUUCUGGAAUGCAGUGGUCACUGAUACAGCAGAUUGUACAUACAUGUGGUUUUCUUGAUGUCUGUGUCUGUGUUUUGAGGUGUUACUCAGAUGUACCAGUGUGCAGAGUCCUUGCUUAAGGGUCAUCAUUCCUUGGCCCAGGCAGUAUUGGGGGUGGACUCUAGCAUGCAAGGAGCCCCAGUCUGGAAGGCACUUUCUGGCCUAUGUUUCAGGGAAAAGCUGGACUGGAUUAUGAUUGCCCACCGUAGGGAGUUCAGCAUCCUAUAACAUGCAUGCAGUCAACCUCUUUUGUAAGUGAUAAAUAAAAUCUAUUGUCCAAAGGACAAGCCGGUGUUCUAGAUUUGCAUUCACUGACUAGAGACCACUAUUCUUGACUCAUGGUUCCUUCAGUGGUUGAAUCCAUCCCUGACUCCCACAUCUUUCACUGAGGCAAACUAGAAAAAUUUGUCCAUGUAGUCUGCCUGCACCUUAAU